GCCAAAUUUGACCCUCAGCGCCUACCGUACUAACCUGCGAGGAGUGUCACUGCCACCGCGGAGGAGUGUGUCCGGUUUGCUGCUGUGGGAUUUCACUUGAGUGGUAGUUGAGUAGACCACAGAAAUGACCUGACACUCACCGUCACAUUUGGAGAAGAGUAACAAGUGACACCGCGACGUUUGAGCGACAGUCAAGACGACGUAGUUGAUGUUUUUGAUAGUUGUUUUCUUUCCCUUUUCAGCCUGUUUUCACUCGUGUGUAAGGCUCCGAUGUAGCGAAAGUAUCCCUGCGUGAUCCUCCCACCCGAGUUUUACUGCGUCAGUGACCCGCAGUGAUGCGUUUCAACGAGAAGGAGCUGGUGUCUCUGAGCCGGCAGCCCUCAGAGAAGGCAGCUGAGCUGGGGAUGAGAGGACCAAAGAAAGGAGAUGGUAACACGGUUUAUUAUCUACAGACUCAGAUCUGAUCUCUGUCCUUGUCCUUCAUGGUAUUUUGAUCAGCAACACAUGAUGGAAAGAGAAGAAACUGAUAAUGAGGCUCAAAAAAUGCCAAAGAACCACUGGUUGUUCUUUUAUUAACUAGUCAUUGAACUUAAAUGAGAUAGAUUUCACUCCUGUAGUGUUGUUGUCAUCACUGUGUUGUACCAGUCAUCUCAAAGUAAAAAUGAUCCACUGUAUGUAUUUGUAAAUUUAGUCUCAGAAACAUUUUAUCAUGAGGAUACAGGUCAUGAUCUACUUUAAAAUGUGUUGAUCCAGUUGCGUGGAUUAAAUUUCUGUCAAAUAUUAAAUUCAUAAACUCCUACUGUGACAGAAGGAAACCUAACCUGAUCUCAAUGAGUUUACAUGACACUAUUAAACCAAAUAAAAAGAGCUGACACAGACAAACGUAUGAUCUGGGUGGGCAAAAGAUACAGUGGAAAUCUGUAAUUCUGCAACAAUCAUAGGUUGGCUAUACCUGAUAUUUUCAUUUGGUUUUAAUAGAUGCAGAAAUGAACUCUGUAGAACACUGCCUGCCUUUGAUGUGUUAUCUCUCUUCCUCUUUUAUUAUCAUACAGUUGUAAAGAAGAGGCUGGUGAAACUGGUUGUCAACUUCCUUUUCUAUUUUCGGACUGAUGAGGAGGAGGUAGGUUGAAUGAAAGGGAUAGUUUAUUGUUUUUUGUCUUCUUUUUCUGUUUAGAUAAGAUUGUGGGAGGUUCUUGAUACCCACAGGGUUAGAGUUAGGUUUAGUAGGGGAUCGCGGUCAGCUUCCCCUUUUGUUGAGAAACAUGCUGGAGAACUGGGAAAUGGAAGCUAGACAAUCAACUACUACAGAUGAGGUCUGCUCAAUUAUGUUAUUUAGCUAAUUUCAACAAACUCUAACCAAAGCACCAUUUUUGAUAGUAGAGUAUGCUCUGUUUGAAAAAAAUUAAGCACAACACUUUGCCAUCAGGCAGCACAUUCACUUAUAUUCCUGCACACAGCUCAUACUUCUUCCUUCAGCUCACUGAUCAGCCUCAUGAUGGUCGGUCCAUGAUGACCGAGGCACUGAUUAGGACUUGGCGAUUAAUUAGAUUUCAAUUUUCAAUUUCAGUCACAAUUCCCCACAGUCAUAAAAAUGUGAUGAUCAAGGUUGUAUGAUUACUGUGGGAGAGAGGAGAGGAAAGCAGAGAGAGGAGCAGGAGGAGGCAGGAGAACAUACCUGUGUGUCUGAAAAGCUGAAGGACAGAGCUUAGCAUGACCAGAAAGAGGCUGCAUACUCCCAAACCGCAGAUUAGUGUGCUGCUGGCAGGAGAACAUGUCAGUGAAUGGGCAAACAAAAGUGCUGAAAAAUGUCCUAAUGUAAUGUGCACUUGUACCAAGGAUAGUCCCAUGCGGCUGGUACACACAUUGUUGACAAGUAUCUCCAUCAAACCUGAGUCGUACCAGCAUGUUUUUAAACAUCUAACCUACAUUGUAUGAGAAAGUGAAACAACUUCCCCCAAAAGACAAUAUGUCGAAUAUGAAUUAAAGUUCUUAUUUAUCUUUUCAGCCAAUUGGAGCUUUGCUGCUGGAGCAGUGUCGAGUGGAGAAGGAGGACAGCCAGACUUUCUCUAUUGGUAAACUCCAGCAUCUUAAAAAAUUCACAUUACAAAGUUACACUGUUUCUCUACUUAUUGUUAAGAUUAUUUUCAAAGCUGUGUCAGACUGGUCAGGACAAUGACUUUAUGUUGUUGACAUAGGUAAAUGGGAUUCUGAUACCAAUAUCAAGAUCUAAGUUGCAGGUUUAGGGUAAGAUUGUAUCUACUGUAUGAAAAUUUUCCACUAAUAUUAAACAGAUAUAAUUUCGCAAAGAUCACCAGAGGGCUGCUUUCUUACCAAAUUCUGUAUUAUAGUAUUAGAAUUAUGUUCUAUUUGAGAAAAUUGUAGUGGGGAAAAGUUGUAUUUUGCAAUACACUGAUACAGGUAAGUGUUUGAUAAACCCUUAUCAGCUCAUAAUAAUGGCAAAGGAACAUACUGGUCUGGGUAUUUUUCUUAUUACUGUUCCUGUUUGCGUGUUGACACUAUACUGUAUAGAUCUCAGUACCUUUGUGUUCCUCUUUGUAGCAUUCCUGGAUGAAGCAGAGAAGAAAUACCUUUUUGAAUGUGACUCUGAAGAACAGUGUGGGGAGUGGAUUGAUUGUAUCAUCAAGGCCAGGUAAGGCUGAAUGUUUACAGUCUCAGAUAAGAUAAGAUAAGAAGAACUUUAUCCCCGAGGAGAAUUUUGUUAAAAAGAUUAGAUUAGAUCUUCAUCUCUAUGAAUUUGUUGCCUGAUUUAUCAAGUAUGGUGUGCAGUUUUAACUUUUUCAAUCAACAAUCAAGUCAUACUAAUAUGUCCAUUAUUACAAGCUGAGUAAUUUGAGUUUAACUGCUGCCAGUAUUAUGAUCUUGUGACACAACUUUAACAGAGACAUUACAGACAGUCCCUUCUAUGUCACAGUCUAAUGACAGUUGUAAAACAUGCAAAAGCAUAUUGUGUGGUUAUAGGUGAUACCACGAGAACUAACUAAAGACAGAACCUCUAUUGUGCUCAAACUUGAGUACAAAUCUAUUGUUGUGAUAUGCUGAGACUCAGGGAAAAGUUAGAAUAUGGUCCCAUGACUGGAGCAACAAGCAUUGCUCUGCUGUUGGUUGUGACACAUCCUAGCCCCUAGUCAUCAUCACUCACAUGGGGGUAAUCACAAAAAAUGAAUGCUGAAGCUGUUUGCAGAGACACAAUGUAGGCAGUGUGACUCAAACUCAAUUGUUUUCAGCUGAUUCAUUACUACACAGGAGCUAAAAGUCAGCAAUUAACACACAGCCAGAGCUCACUGUGUGGGACAUUCACUUUUAUUUUCCAUGUUUGCCAAGAUGUUCAUCAGCAGUUUGAUACAUCCCCGAUAUCUGUUUGUUUUUGUAUAUCCUCAAACUAAAUCUUUCAUCUCAUCUUUGUAGUUAUGAGUUCAUGAGGAAGAACCUGAUAUUCUACCGAACAGAAAUCCACAGGCUCACCGGAAAGGUAAGACCUCUCACAGCAGCACGCUAAUACACUUAAUGCAGCACAGAUGGUGCUUCUGUUCCACAUACUGGGAUGAAUUGAAGUGUGAAGCGUGUGUCUGCCACGCUCAACCCACUGACAUAACCAGCAUCACCAGCACUGGCAGAAGACAGAUGGGUAGAUCAAGACACAAAGACUUGGCAGUUUUAAAAUGUUUUGUUUAGUGCUUUAGAGAAAUGUAUUAUAGCAAUAUACCAGAAACAAUCUCUUGAUUGCUGAGGAUGAUUGAAAAAAUUGAGUAAUUAGUUCUUCAUGAUACCUGUCAAUAAUAAUACACUCAUAUUAUGCACACUUUUGGUGGUGAAUGUGCCACAAUUGAAGUUCCACUCACCUACUCAAAACCAAAACUAUCUGUAUGCCACAUAGACUUGGUUGUCAAAAUUAAAGUUUGCUUGCUCUGUGAACAUAGAUAACAUUUGCUCUGCACACCCCAAGUCUUUGUUUUCUUACAAUCUUUGUUCCUCACUAUCGGCUGUCUUUGCAGGACCCUUUGGAGCAGUACGGUAUAUCAGAUGAAACUCGCUUCCAGGUCAGUAAUGGCCUGCAGCUGAUGACAAGAGAUACCUCCUCACUGUAAAAACAACAUCCUGGGUUCACGUAUCAGUUUGUCAUUUUGGUUCACACUGCUAUUCCUACAUUCACUCCACUAGUUUGAAAUCUGUGGCAUCAACAAAAGCACACAAGCAUUUUACUUUGUCAUUUGUCUGAUUGUUUGAAGUGUUGGUCCACACUUACAAAGAGGAGAAUACCUGAGAAUUUCAAAAGGAUAACUCCAAACAUUUCUCAGUGUUAAUAUUAAUCAUCAUAGGCAACAUAAUUCUUCUUUGUGGGAUUUUAUAUUUAGCUUUUUGUAUCAUUUUCAGACUUUACCUCGGUAAAUUGGUUGUCUGUAUAAAACAUUUUAUACUGUAUAUUUUCUACUGAACAUGCUGUACUCAUAGACAAUGUGAUUUGUUUUUCUGAUAGUUAUUUAGCUGUCGUUCUGUAGCUGUGACUUUUUCAGGACUAUUGAUAAUAUGAAUUUGAGUAUUGUCAAUAUAGUUAUUUUCAGGACACAUUUUGUUCAAACACCAGUAAAUUAAAUGCACACUGUUUGAAGCAGUUCAUAAACUAAUAGAUAUAUUUUGCCAAGCUUCAAAAACCUUUGGCAAAACUGCAUGGGACCUUUGAGCUGCUGAGUUGAGCCAUCUAACUGAAACCCUUUUUUAUUUUAGAGAAAUAUUAAGUGAUCCCAAAUUAAAUGAUGAUUCAACAUGUUAAGACUUUUAAAGAAGUUUUGAAAACAACUUUUGCACAUCACUGGGAGUUAUUUUAUUUUUUUAACCAAAAUUUCAAUCAUUUACUUGAAUCUACUGUACCUUUUCUUUCACACUUGGAAUCUGAUUCCUUUAGCCUUAGCUAUGCUUAUGACUUGGCUUUUUAUUUUCUUUUUUGUAAUUAUCAAAGUCCUUUAUCAUUGUGGCCGCCACACAUUUGCAGCUAGUGUUGAAGUGAGAUUUUUCUCACAUUUGACCAUGGGACAUGCUGCACCCUGUAAAUUGUUCAAUGUAUUUUUCUGUCAGAAGUCCUGAAACAUGUCACUGAAUGUGUUUUUAUUUUCAACUUUUGCACAUAAAAUUAGUUGAAUCUGUUUUUUCUUCAUGUUUGGUUAUGUUUGUUUCACUGGCAACUCUUUUAUUUGACUAAUAAAGCCAUUCGAUAGAUACUUUAAA